AUGAAUAACAAAACGAAGGCGGAGUUAUCUCCCCAUUCUGCUCGCCUCUUAGCUGGUAGAGCUGGGCGUCAGCACCAGAGGUCGAAGUCACCAGCCAGUGACACGAUGAGCAGGAGAAAGCUGAACCACCGUCAUACAAGCAGGAUAGGGAAGGCUCCGACUGUGGCCGAAGAAUCAGAUCACGAGGGUUGGGAUGAAGUUUUUCAUGAGGAAUCAGAAGACAUCCUUUCCUCUCCAUCGCAAAAUGUGAUUGGACCCCACCUGACAGACAGGGUAUGGAAGACUCGGAGGCUACAGUUUCUGAGGGUGAAGAUCUCCACUUUGAGCUGA